AGUGGUAUAAUUAACUAGCUACAUCACACAUUUACACAGUCAGUAGUAGAAGUCGUCGUCUUCGAAGUGUAACAAACCACACUCUCUCUCCGAUCUCAUCUCAUCCAUGGCUACAACCGCCGUAGGAGCAGCAGCGUUUCUCCUGCUGCUACUUCUCCCUUUCUCCUUCUCCAUCUCUCCACCGAUCUCCGAUUCUCACCGAUCCGCUGCUUCCAAUCUCUUCACCCAAGUCUCUCCCAGUUUGGAAGAUUCGUAUGAGGCUUUGAGAGUUUUUGAGAUUCUAUCAAUUCAGAAGAAGCCAAUUGUUACCAAAGACACUUGUCAGAAAGUGUUGGAAAAUCUAGGCUCAUCUUCUUCGCCUCUUAAGGAUGCGUUCUAUGCGUUGAAAGUUAAUGGCAUAUUGAAAUGCAAGGUUGAUGCUGCGAUUUUCAAGGAUAUUGCCUCAAGACUUAAAGCCACCGUCAAUGAUGCAAGUAAUUUGCUUGACAUAUACUACUCAGUUGGAAUUUUGGUUCUUAUCAAGGAUCAGGCUUCUAAUGUUGAUGUUCUUCUUACUGAUGCUAAUGGCGUUUUUCAUUCAAUCAAGGCUCUAAGCCAAAGUGAUGGAAAAUGGCGCUACAGCUCCAAUAAUCCAGAGUCUAGUAUCCAUGCUGCUGGAUUAGCACUUGAAGCGCUUGCUGGAGUGGUUUCACUUGCCUCUUCUGAAAUUGAUCAGAGUAAGGUCAGUAUAGUAAACAAUGGUAUAGUGAAGCUUUUCGACAGCAUUGAGAAAUAUGAUGAUGGAGCAUUUUAUUUUGAUGAGAAAACUGUUAGGGGAUCUGAGCAUCAAGGUUCUCUUUCCGCGACUUCUUCAGUUGUUCGAGGGGUUACUGCAUUUGCUGCAGUAACGUCUGGGAAAAUAAAUGUUCCAAGGGAUACAAUAUUGGGCUUAGCAAAGUUCUUCCUCGGCAUUGGAAUCCCAGGAGAUGCCAAAGACUUCUUCCAUCAAGUUGAAUCGUUAUCUUUUUUAGAGAGCAACAGGAUCUCCAUUCCAUUGAUAUUGUCACUUCCUGAAACAGUUUAUUCAUUGACCAAAAAAGGGCAGCUUAAGGUCAAGGUCAAUACAGUGCUUGGUUCAGCUGCACCACCUCUGACAGUUAAGCUUGUCCGAGCUUCUAGCACUGGUGCAAAAGACUCAGCUAUUAUUGAAAGCAAGGAGCUUCAGUAUGACCAAAAAAGUGGAUUUCAUUUCUUGGAUUCCUUCCCAAACAAUGUUGAUGUGGGAACAUAUGUUUUUGUUUUCGAGAUUGUGCUACAAGAUUCUGAAAGUGACAAAGUUUAUGCUACUGGGGGCCAAAUUCAUGUGCCAAUUUACAUCACUGGAAUUAUUAAAGUUGGCAGUGCAGAAAUAGCAGUUCUGGACAGCGAUCUUGGAAAUGUUGAAACCCAUAAGACGUUGGAUUUGGCUGGAAAUGAUGUUGUUUCACUCUCCGCCACCCACCUUCAGAAGUUGAGGCUUUCUUUCCAAUUGGAAACUCCUCAUGGUCGUGUUUUCAAGCCUCAUCAGGCAUUUUUAACAUUAAGACAUGAAACAAAGAUUGAACACGUGUUUUUGGUUGGAAAUACUGGCAAGAAAUUUGAGAUUAAAUUUGAUUUUCUUGGCUUGGUGGAAAAACUUUUUUAUCUCUCUGGCAAAUAUGAUAUUGAGCUGACUGUUGGUGAUGCUGUCAUGGAGAACUCUUUCUCACGACUACUAGGCCAUGUCGAAUUAGAUCUUCCAGAAGCUCCUGAAAAAGCAGCACGUCCUCCUGCACCACCUGUUGAUCCUUACUCAAGAUAUGGCCCCAAAGCGGAGAUUAAUCACAUAUUCAGGGCUCCUGAAAAGCGGCCACCACAGAAACUUUCUCUUGUGUUUUUGGGUCUGAUCCUUUUGCCAUUCAUUGGCUUUUUGGUCGGGUUGUUACGAUUGGGGGUGAACCUGAAGAAUUUCCCUGGUUCAACAGUACCUGCUACAUUUGCCACCCUUUUCCAUCUUGGUCUUGCUGCAAUUCUGUUGCUUUAUGUACUUUUCUGGUUAAAGCUGGACCUAUUUACCACACUCAAAACACUUGGUCUUUUGGGAGCUUUUACGAUGAUUGUUGGACACAGGAUUCUUUCCCAUCUUGCUUCAACAUCAGCCAAGUUGAAAUCGGCAUGAGCAAAACAAAAAAUGUCUAUUUAUAAAGCGAUAGAAAAUUUGAGUUUUUCCUCUAGAGAGAUGGUACUAAUCCAAUUUUGUAGGACCUUUGUUGUAUUAUGUUAUAACGAAUUUAGAGAUCAUUAUAUUGCACAACUUGAUCAUGGUUUAUUCUGAUGAAGCUAUCAACACAAACCACCUAUUUUAGCAUA